UGAAGCAUCAACAAAAACUGAGAAAAGUUUCGUGGCGUUAGAUGAUGUGAGUUAUUCGUCGUCGAUAAAGAGGUGUUCCACCAUCCAUUACAAAGCUCSGCCUCAUUGUUCAUUUGGAGAUGGCAAAUGCAGUUGGACAGGACACGAAGACUGGAAAAUGAAACAGAAUCAAGCAAUGAAACGUCCARUGUUAAGCCUUACUGGAGGAGUCUCAAYACAUCGCAGUAUUUCAAGCCCAGUUUUUAACCCUGUUAAAGAUGGUUGGCAUUGUGUCACRUUCUKGUUAAUAAGCACCAAACGKCUUUACCACCGAGAAUUUCAAGUGUUGUUGACGGACAGCAAUGGAGCUGUUGUGAAGUCGAUGUGGAUUUAUAAAGCAAUAGUACAGAAUGUUUCCUAUGUUCAGUUACCUUUAUCACAGAUCAAUGAUAAUGUUAAGGUUCAAUUUACAGGGCUUAAACAGCAGGAUCAACCAGACCUUGGUGUGUUUAAUGUCAUGUUUUUAAAAGAAAAAUGUUCAACGGUGGAGCCGAUUGCCGAGUGUCAUGAUUACCAAAUCCUAAAUGGAAUCGAUCGUCGUGUAGAAAACACUGUGAACUCUGGUAAAUGUGACAGCAGUAUUAACUUUGCCACUUGGUACAGGAUCGCUGGACCUGCAGGAAACCAAAUCCCACUUCAUUGCGAAACAGGACCCAGCUGCGGAGCACAACUGCCCCUGACUUUAGAGGGAAGGAACCCGUCUUAUAAGUACGAACUGGUCAACAAUAGCUAUUGCUUACCUUCAGGUAGACGUUGCUGUCAGACYAGAGGUUUGGCGAGAGUCCGACAUUGUGGGGAAUUCUUCGUAUACGACAAGAUAUCAAUGAAAUGUGAUCGMGAUUCAAAACAAAUUUGUAGCACUUAUAAAGAAGUUGAACCAGCCUAUGACAAAAAGAAAGAGUGGAUAAAAUGGMAAACUGGAAAUGAAGAAACUGAUUGGGGAUUWUUGAACCGAAGUCAUUUUGCAAAUGAAGAUAUUCAAGAAUCUUCAGAUUUGUACGAGCUGCACAUGUCACGUGAUACCAUCAUCCAAUUCUCGACGUCCUAUAACACUCGAGAGUUGACURUGUGCUUAUGGGUCAGYCUGCUGACCAAUGGUUCUYUGUCAAUGCUGUCUCACUCGAUCAGUAAGAAUUUCGGUUUUGGUUUUGUCUUAACGGACGGAUAUGUGAAGAUAAAUAUCGGGAAUGAAAGCAGAACUGUGUCAGUCAAGUUGGACAAUAAUACGUGGCAUCACCUCUGUACCACCUGGAUAUCAGACUGGGGGGUCUGGCGAGUAUAUCARGAUGGAUUUAUGAUUGAUAGUGRAUUGAAAUUCAGCGAUCAAGCUACUCUUGAAGUUUCAGGUGUCGUGGAACUUCUUGCAUCCAGCUUUUCACCAAGUCUUCCAUCUAACGGUACUGUGAUUAAAAUAGCAAGCCUUAACAUGUGGACGACAAAACURAAAGACCAGGACAUCGUCCAAAUGUCCUAUGGAUGUAAGAURCACAUGCCUCAUAUUCUUARRAAGAAUCCCUUCAUUAGCUGGUACGCAAUCCUCGCUUUGAAUGGUUCUAGUGGUCAUAAAGCCCGUGCUUCAUGUCUUGGAUCGGGUGGUGCAGCAAUGGUUCUGAGAAACAACCGCACUCAACAAGGCACGUCUGGUACACUAUACAGUUCCUGGUUUAAUCACUCAACAGACUCCAACAAAGAGUGCCUUAGGUUUAGAUUCAAAAUGUCUCACGUGGGCAAACCAAGCCUGUUUAUUUACCAUAGCCUUAACCUUGCUCAGUCGAAAGACGUAUUGAUAUGGAGUCAAAGUAAAACAAAUUCGUCCAAUGCUUGGUUGUUUGGACAGGUCGCCAUAACUACUUUAUCUAAUUUCAAGAUCACUAUAAAAGGGGAAUUAGAGAACGUUGGUUAUAUAGCUAUUGGAGGAGUUUAUGUGACGCGCGAUAUGGAGGGCUGUGCUACAAUUCCUAUUGAAGAUAGCCAAUUUGGUCCCAACGCAGAAUGCUUGAGUCUCACAAGCCAAGAAGGCCAGAUUASAACACCACACUACCCGGCCCCUUACGAACAAAAGUUUUCUCAAUGCUGGUACAUAGAGGCUAAAAUAGGACAGGUUAUACUACUAGACUUCAAAGCAUUUGACUUAAACUACGAAAARGUUUGCUCCAAAGACUACCUGGAUGUAUUUGAGAUGAAGGAGYCUGGAGAURAUGAGAAAUAUGUUCGCCUGGGAAGAUAUUGUGGGGCUAUAUAUCCGACAUUUUUAGUAUCUUCAAGAAAUGUUAUGAAAUUGUUUUUUAAGUCCGCUGGAGGGACAUACAAUGGUGGAUUCAAGAUCGAGUAUUCAGUAAUGAAAGAAAAUCGAAGUAAAAACUGCAUUAAAGUGAUUUUGCUGGCAACAACAUUUACGAGCUAAAGGAACUCGACCUUUUGUAUCUUCCCUCGAUCAAAUAUUUAAACUUGGAGAGAAACAAGAUUCUUCGAAUUCUGGACGAAACGUUUGAUAACAAUCAAGAACUGCGGU